CAUUUUUAUGGUAGUGAAUUACUAGAAUAUGACUUGAAAGACAGUGUAAAUAGAUCUACAAUUAAUGCAAGUCAAUUAGAAACUAUUGAUCAAAACUUUAAUAAAGACUUCAAGCAUAUUUUUGAACCUUAUCAACUACAACUAAAUAGUAUCAAUAAUACAAAUUUAUCAAUUGAGAAAGCUAUUAAUAUUUCAAGUCUAUUAUUUAUUGAUAAUAAUGACUUAUUUAUUGAAAAGCAAA